UUUGAGUUGCACUUUCACACUGGAUCAGAAUGGAUCAAGCAGGUUCACGUCCUUGUUGCCGUGGACGCCAAGCAGUAGCGUGGGACUUCACUCAAGUGACUUCACGAUGAAGCGCGUAUGAUUCAUGAUUCACAAUGACUCACACUGUGAAGGUUGGUCUCAUAGAGCGGAUGACGAAAGCUCUGUAUUUCGUUUGCAUUUUAAGUGAUCAAGUGCACCGCUCUCGGCUUCAACUUGACUGCCAGCUGACCAUAAAGUGUCCAAUUCGCACUUGACUUGUUUUUUGUAAAGAUAAAUAUAAAUUUGUAUAGGGGUAGGUCUAAUCUAUCUUCUGUUUGAACUUGGCAAAGAGAAAAAGACGCCGGCGGGAGCUCCAAGCGCGCAGCUCGACUCCUGCCUUCCCGACAUUCAGUAGAGUCCGUCGGACCACGUCGCCGCAAGUGUCGGAUCCUUCACUCGCUCAUCUCGCUGGAAGCGCCGUUCAGCGCUCACUGUAGCUCCAGUAAUCUCCUUUUGACCACUUGCCAGUUUCUCAGUCACCAUGAGCGCAAGCGUGUCCCAGACGCAGACGCAGACGCUGGGGCGGGUGUAUUCGUACGCGUUGCGCUCGCUGUCCGACACCAAAGACACUGUACGAUGAGUCUGUCAAAUAUGAUUCCACAUACUCUCUAACCUUAUAUGUUGAUGCAGCUGAUUCUGGUCUGCAUCGGCCUAUUGGAGGCAUUAGAUCGGCUACAGGAGCGUCUUCAUCUGCCCACGUCCAUCGUCAAGGAGCUUAAACACCGGCUGGCCAAGAUGGUGGCGCGCUCGUCCGUGAGACUGAAGACCAAGUGUCCGAGCGACCGCGAGCUAGGCGACGCCGUGGCCGACAGCUGCGUAUGGGACACCGCCAAGCCCGAGGAAGUGCGAGGCGUCGUGCACUGGGUGUUGGCAGUGACCUCGUCGUUGCAGAGACUCGUGGUCAGCGCCUCACUCGGCGUAUGUAAAGGCAUCUACGUACUAAUUAUGAGUCUACCUGGGGUUUCCACGGCCUGCUCGCUGUUCUACGGUCUGCUACAAGCAGUUGAGGAUACACUGAGGCUGUCCAGUGAGGAGAUCAUGGAGGCUGCGUCUGCAGGAGGUUCAGGGUCUGGAAGCGGACGCAGUCGAAGUUAUCACCAUCUGCACCACCGACAUCAUCGUAACGCUGAGAGUUACGUUGCUGAUCCGAGCUUGACGGCGGUGGUACUGGAGUACAGGGAGAAAGAGUGCAUGGUACCGUCCAAUAUCGAUCGGAGGAUACGGCGCGUCAUGCAUUUUCAGAUCCCGCUGCAUUCGUUUGAAGCUACGGUUCGGUUACCGCCAGAUACCGUGCAAACUGCGUCUUCGAGCAGAUCUACCAGCGACGGCAGCAUUGGUAGUGGUAGUCAAAGUCGAGCCCAGGAGGAGACCACUUCAAGCUAUGCUCACCUGAGUUCCGCGACGCCGCGGUCCAUCCCAGUGUCGCCUUUGGCGCGCAAGCGUGUGCAGCUGGCAUUUUCUAAUUUCUCCGACGACGUGUUAUACCAAGCACGCGAUCAACUACGACAGGAGCGUGCGGCGACGUUAACCGGUGAUCGUGGGCUGCGUGUGCCACGAUUCAAUGCGCAUGAUUGUCACGAAGAUAUUUAUUUAUCCUGUGGUCGCCAUUGUGCGUCCAAGGUUGGCACAGGCAUGUACCGCAGUGUGCGCGCUUCUGUGCCGCUGCAGAAGAAUCGGUUUGUGUACUUUGAAAUGACGCUGCAGCAAGGGCGGACACCUGCUCGUGGUGCGAACCAGAAUGCUUCCAGGUUAGAGGCUUCGUCUCAAUUAGCGCGUGGAUCAUCUUUUCUGUCGGGUGGUUCCGCGGGCACAAGUUCGGCCAAUCCUAAUGACCGAGCUGGCAUCGAUGCAAGCGUCUGUAUCGGGUUAUCUACGCGCCUGAUGCCAUUAAACACACUCGUUGGAGCCUCAAAGCAUUCGGUAGGUGCCUUAGCUGCUGUUGACGGCGUAGUGGGCUUGAGCUAACUUGCUAUUGAUACAGAUAGGAUUCUAUUCUGCCGGGCACGUGCUUGUAGGAUCGGAGAGGCGGCGUUCCAUUGGAGUCGGCCGAAAGUAUGGUUUCCAGUCAACAGUUGGAGUUCUGGCCCAGGUAGUUGAUCAUCAGGAGGAUGAAACAACGGGUGCAUCAACUGGAAAUGCGCCUCAGCCAUCAGACUCUUCGUCCUCGACAGGCUCGGGCGAUGCUGGAUCAUCCAUCGGUGAAGCUUUUGUGCGCUUCACUGUUGACGGGAUUGCGCUUCGGGACAGUAAUAAUCGCGUGAUGGAGUUUACAUUACCGGUCCCUUCGAGGAGCGAGCUUUACCCGACGUUGACACUACAUUCCCAGGAUGCGCACGUGUUUAGUCAGAUGUCGGCACCCGACAUCACCAGUCUAAACUUACAGGAGCUGGAUUUACCCGUUGAAGCGCCUGUCGAUAUAUGGUGUCUCGAUGGGUUGCGCCUCGGCGUUGCGGCUUAGAAUUGUCAAGGCUUCAUACAAUCUCAUGAUGUCGAUUGUAUCCAUUUCCACGAAAUUGUUUGGCUACGAAGAAAAUCAAUUGCAGGAGAAGCAAGACUAAUGAGACUCGCAAGAUCGUUUGCUAGAUUUUGUAAGUCUCUCCUCCUUACCUGCCUGUGGUAUUACAGACUGUACUUUCCGUAUUUGUCGCCACCCAGACCGACCUGCAUCGUGGUUUCGUCCAAGAUGCGUUGCAGUUCUCGCCUGGCCUCGAUGACCGAAGCUUGAGUUGGUCCCUCGAUAGCCUACACAACGCGAAUAUUAGCAUAUCCAUAAGCUAGCUUAUCUUCGUCUAUGUAUUGACGUACCAGGUAAAGUUUCCGUUCUGAUGGAUUGGGCUUCCGCCCAGCAGGAAUAUACGAUCCUCGCGCAAUAACAGCAGCACCAGUGAGCUCCGCCACUGAGUCGCUUGCUUCCUUCUGGGUAACUCUCCAUCGAGCUUGCUGAGGAUAAUCAUUAAUUUCAAGCUCUUCGACGAAGUGGUUCUCUCCAGAACCGUUCCCCUUGUACUUCAAAUCCAGAUUCUGGAUAAUUUUCUGCGCCUUGAUGAAGGCAGACAUAGCCUCGCCAUCGAUAGGCAUCGCCUUCUGACCAGCAGGCACAGACGGUUUGUCAGUUGUGUUAGCGGUGUUCUCUUUGCUCGGCUCUUCAUCAUCAUCGUCGUCGGCAGCACCAGAAUCCUACAAACAUAAGAGCAUAGCAUUGUCAAUAUAAUUGGUCGAAUUGAGC